AUGAUUACAUUAAUGUAAACCAAAUAUCAAAUCAUUAUAAAAGAACUAUAAUCAAAUAUAUCAUUAUCACUAUUAGAAAAUUCAAAACUGAUAUAACAAAUAUUUUAAUUCUAAGUCUAAUUUCUUUAACAGGCAACCCUAAGGAAGAAUAAAGUAAGUGAAUCAGAAAUCAAAAUUGUUUUCCUACCUAAAAUAAUUAAAAUUCUAAAUUAAAUGAUUGGAAUUAGUCACAACAUAAUUAGGAUCAAUUACUUUAAUUAUAUAAAUAAGAAAUAGACAAAGUUAAAUAGUAGACUGCAGAGUUUGAUAGGAAAUUUGAGAACGAAAAACAAUACAUAAAAUAAGAAAUAAGCACAUUAAAAAUUAAAAACUAAUAAUCUAGACAUUAAUUUCACAGAGAUGUGGAACCAAUUCAAAUGUAGAGAAACCAUAUGCUCUAAAUUCAAAUAAAAAAUUGAAUAAUAACUAACCCAGAUCUUAUAGUCAUAAUUCUAGGAAGACUUAAAAUUUUUGAAUACUAACUCUGUAAAUUUAUUUUAUAAGAAAUUAAUUUCUUCUUUAAUAUAAUGGAUUAAGGAGUAAGCCAUGGAUUUUCUCUAAGAAAGAUCUGCAAAUAGAGACUCAAAGGAGUAUUUGUCUCUUUGAUUUAAACAAAUCCGAAUGUUUCUAAUUAUUUUUUGAUUGUUGACCAAAGGACUGUAAAAGUUGUUUCAGCGUAUAUGAAAAUGGCAGAGUAUUUAUACUUUGAAUGCUUAGAUUAAUGGAAUUGGGAGUAAGUGCUGUUGAGAAAUUGGAGUUGGGGAGAAAGCCUUUUCCAAAACUACAUGCAAUUUAUUUUAUUUCUCCAACAUAAGAGUCCAUCUAAAGAAUAUUGGAUGAUUUCAAAGAUAAAAAGAAUCCUCAAUAUGGUGUUGUUCAUAUAUUUUUAUCAAAUGAAAUAGAUUAAGGAUUAAUGCAAAAAAUAGCUUAAUGUAUGGAAUACAUAUAUAAAUUUCAUAGGUAACUAGCUAAUAACUAAAAUUGCCUCUUUCAAAAUAGUGAAUUUAGAUUUUGCUUGUACUUCCGAUUAAGUAUUUACUAUUGAAACCCCAGAAAUACUUACAAAAGCAUAUACAUAAUAAAGUAAGUUAGUUUUGAAGAUUUUUUAGAUAUAUAAUAAUAAUUGAAAGAAGCUUCAUAUAAAUUGGCUACCUUGCUAAUAUCAUUUAACAAAUUUUAUUCCUUUGAAUUUUUAUAUAAUUAAGCCGAGAAUAGGUUAUCAGAACAAGUCGCAAAAUUAGCAGCGACAAGAUUACAAGAAUUAUUAGCUUCUUUUGUAAAAUAGAAAAAUGAGUAGUAUGACAACAUUGAAAAAGAAGCUGGAAAGAUAACCGUUAUGAUAGUAGAUCGCUCGUAUGAUGUAGCUACUCCAUUGUUGCAUGAUUUUUAUUACCAAUCCAUGAUCUAUGAUUUAUUAGAUAUAACAAAUGACAUAUAUGAAACUGAAGUAGAGGCAGCUGGCAAAUAAAUUAAACAGAAAGUGAUAUUUAAUGAAAACGAUGAUUUAUUCAAUAGAUAUAAGUAAACAAAAUAUUCACUUAUAAAAGAUAUCGACACAUCAUUUAGGUGUUAGAAGGAAUCCCUUAAGAAUUUAGAGAAUUCAUACAAAACAAUACAACUGCUAAAGUCCAUUAAGGAUAAAUGAAUAAUUUAGAUUUGAAUCAAAUGUCAGAAAUCGUUAAGACAUUGCCUUAGUAUAAUGAAUUAUUAGGAAAAUAUACUUUGCAUAUGGUAUAAUAUUUAAAUUGAAUUAAGAAACUUAUUGAAAAGAGCUGGUCAAUCUUUGAAAAUAAAGGCCUUAAGGAAAUAGGUGAGAUUGAAUAAUGCUUGAUCACUGGUAUUGAUGGAUCUGGCAAAAGUAUUUCAACCACUAAGAUUUAAAGUGCGGUUGCCACUAAAUUGAUGAGUGAAACUCUGGAUGACUAUGAUAAAUUAAGACUAAUCUUAUUAAGUAAGUUAUAAAUAACAUUGUAGCCUCAAUCGGUUUGGAAAUGUCAGAAAAAGACAGAAAGAUAUUAACUGAUAAAAUUAAAGUUGAACAUCAAUAAGCAAUCUUAAAUUUAAUUUAUUUAGGUGUCAAUCCUUAAAAAGGAGGGCAGAAAAAAGUAGAUUAUAUCAAAUUAACCUUUAGUCUAAAUCUUCUAAUAGAAUUAAUGACGAUUUAAAAAAAUAAGCUAAACAUAAAUUGGCUAGUGCUUGUACUGAGUUAUCUAGAAAUACUCCAUUGAUUGAAACUUUAGUGGAAAGCUACAUUGAAUCUAAUUACAAAAAACCUUAGAAAUUUGAUUCUAUAAUUAUAAAUGAGGAUGGUGUUGGGAGCAAAGGUGGAGGAAAAUCAAUAAGAAAAGGAGGACAAUUGGCCAGAAUGAUACAAACUGAUGAUAGUGAUGAAACCAUCAAUUACACUCCUAAAUUAGUAAACUUAUUUUAUAUUUAAUAGAUUAUAUUUGUAAUUGGGGGGAUUAGUUAUUCAGAAAUUAGAAGUCUGUUAAGUAAUCAAAAAAUUACUAGUUCUUAAAUUACUGUAAGAUAAUUCAUAUUUAUCAAAGUUGGUUGGCUCAACUCAUAUAGUGAAACCUAAAGACUUCUGUUAAGGAUUGUUAGACAUGAAGACUAUUUGAAUAAUAU